AUGGGCUUGGAGUUAAUUAUCUACUUGGGGUAUCUCUGGGCCCCAUUGGCUGGCGGGGGGCGCGGGAGUGAACCCAAAGGGGGUGGUAUCCAGAGGCGACUCCAGGUUCCGGGCCCAUACCCCGCCCAGGCCUGGUCCAGCCCCGCCCCGCGGCAAGUUAAGGGCCCCCCCAGUGCCGGGUGCUCCAGAUCGACUGCCACGCGUGGGGGGGCGCGCUGGUUUGGAUGUCGUCAUGGCGACGGCGCGGAUGGCCGCAGCCCUGAGGACCGUCGGGGCAGGCGGAAGGCUGCGCGGCCCCAGAGGAACCAGGCCCAGCACAGCCGGGAGGACGCCGAGGGCGCGGAGGAGGGGGCCCAGUCUCCGGUCGCUGAGGAGCCGCCGUGGACGCAGUUCCCCGCAUCCCCGCUAUCCCCUGAGCCUCCCGAGUCCCCCGCCGGCCGCUCACUAGUGCAGCGGGACAUCCAGGCUUUCCUGAACCAGUGCGGGGCCAGCCCCGGGGAGGCGCGCCACUGGCUCACACAGUUCCAAACCUGCCACCACUCCGCGGACAGGCCCUUCGCCGUCAUUGAGGUGGACGAAGAGGUGCUCCAGUGCCGGCGGGCUGUCUCCAGCCUGGCUUUUGCCCUGGCCUUCCUGCAGCGCAUGGACAUGAAGCCGCUAGUGGUCUUGGGGCUGCCCGCCCCCACGGCAGCCUGGGGCUGCCUUUCCUUCUGGGAGGCCAAGGCACAGCUUGCUCAGAGCUGCAAGGCGCUGGUGGACGCGCUGCGCCACAACGCCGCCACUGCCGCCACUGCCGUGCCUUUCUUUGGCGGCGGGUCGGUGUUGGGCGCUGCUGAGCCAGCUCCUCAUGCCAGCUACGGCGGCAUCGUCUCGGUGGAGACGGACCUGCUGCAGUGGUGCCUGGAGUCGGGCAGCAUCCCCAUCCUGUGUCCUAUCGGGGAGACCGCCGCGCGCCGCUCGGUGCUUCUCGACUCGCUGGAGGUCACCGCGUCGCUGGCCAAAGCGCUGCAGCCCACCAAAAUCAUCUUCCUCAAUAACACAGGCGGCCUGCGCGACAGCAGUCAUAAGAUCCUGAGUAAUGUGAACCUGCCAGCUGACUUGGACCUGGUGACUAACGCAGAGUGGGUGAGCACCAAAGAACGACAGCAGAUGCGGCUCAUCGUGGACGUGCUCAGCCGCCUGCCCCACCACGCCUCGGCCGUCAUCACCGCUGCUAGCCCCACGCUGCUCACCGAGCUCUUCAGCAACAAGGGGUCCGGGACUCUGUUCAAGAACGCCGAGCGGAUGCUGCGAGUGCGCAGUCUGGACAGCCUGGACCAGGGCCGCCUGGUGGACCUGGUCAACGCCAGUUUCGGCAAGAAGCUCCGGGACGACUACCUGGCCUCACUGCGGCCGCGGCUGCACUCUAUCUACGUCUCUGAGGGGUACAACGCCGCUGCCAUUCUGACCACAGAGCCCGUACUGGGGGGCACCCCGUACCUGGACAAAUUUGUGGUGAGCUCCAGCCGCCAGGGCCAAGGCUCCGGCCAGAUGCUGUGGGAGUGCUUGAGGCGGGACCUGCAGACGCUUUUCUGGCGCUCCCGGGUCACCAACCCCAUCAACCCCUGGUACUUCAAGCACAGUGAUGGCAGCUUCUCCAACAAGCAGUGGAUCUUCUUCUGGUUUGGCCUAGCUGAUAUCCGGGACUCCUAUGAGCUGGUCAACCAUGCCAAGGGACUGCCAGACUCCUUCUGCAAACCAGGUUCCGACCCAGGCAGUUGACCCUCACUAUAGAUCUCGCAGGCCCUGGGACAGCCAGAGUGAACAAAAAGCCCUGCCUGCUGGGGGUGACCCCAGGCAGCUGAGUGAUCUGCAGAGGAGGAAGCAGCCCAGCUCUGCCCAGAGGGGACUCUGAAGUGGGACAAGCACAGGAAGGAGAGGACCUGACUUGCUCCAGAGCCACAACCAAAUGGCUUUGACUUUCAGCCUGGGGAUGGGAGGGGGUUGGGGGGGGGGCUGGCUUUCAAGGACUGUCCUUAGGGCUAGCCUUAAGAGUGAGUCAAUUUCUGUGACCUCUGUGUGGUUCUGAGGCUCCUUACCCUACCUGCCUGAUAUUCUACCACUUAUUUUAAUUUCUUUGGGUCUUCUAUUUUCAGGAGGCCUUGAUUAAAACACAAGCACAUGUCUAAAAGUCAGCUCACACUUGACAGGAAAUUAGCAAUGACCCUCCAGGAGCAAAAUCUUGAGGGCAGGGGAACAAGGGAACCCCUAGAUGGACUAGAGGAACCAAUUAGUUGGAAGGCCCAAGGAUAAAUGCUGUCACUGUCUCCCACACUUGGGUGUCAGCAGCCCCCAGAGGGGCUCUUCUGAGCUUAGCUUAAGAAAUGCCUUCUUCCAUCCUGCAGACCAG